AAUAUAUAAACUGCUUAAAGUUUAUUAUAUGGAACCAAUUGAAUCCCAUUAAAUAAAUCUAUCUCCCGCUUGUCAUUUUUUUUUUUUUUUUUUUUUUUUUUUUAUUAUAUACUUUAUAUCUAUUUUUCAUAAUAACUUUUUUUUCUCCAUCAUCCUUCAUCAUCAUCAUCAUCAUCUUUUUUUUUUUACAAAAAACAAACACACUUCCCUUGUUUCUUACCCUAUAUAACUAAUGACCACAACUAUUGAAAAGCAGAAGCUGCGCACUUUCAGCCCUGUCAUCCUCUUUCAUGACCACCAAUAUGUAAAGGCAGGCUCAGGUGACCUACAACACGUUCAUAUCCCUUAUGGUGACCCGUCUUAUGGACGUCAUCUUGAUUUACACAAGAAACGAAUCCAUGAAAUGUUGCAGACCAAUGGUCGAUAUUGGCUUGAUAUCAUUACCUGGACAAGAGAUCAUCCAGAACCAUUAGAUCAUUCACCAGUCCCAUCACUUGUGUCGUCACCCAGUCCACCUCACUACCAUCCCUAUGGAGGCCAAGGGCCACAAGUACCGUAUGACGACAGUGGUCGAUUCCGAGGCAAACAUGGCGAAGUCAAGAAGGUAGUUACCAACAGCCAUGGUAACAGCAACAACAACAACAGCAAUAAUAACAACAGCAGCAGCAGCAGCAGUAAUAAACGCCGACGUGGGAAUCUGCCAAAAGCCGUGACAGCCAUCUUACGUGAUUGGCUCUCUCGACACAAGAAACACCCGUAUCCAACCGAAGAAGAGAAAGCGUCUUUAGCAGCUGAGACGAACCUGAACCUGAACCAAAUUAGUAAUUGGUUUAUUAAUGCAAGAAGACGUAUUUUACAACCUAUGCUUGAACAAGAAGAAGAAGAAAAAAAUGAGCUGGAUAUCAUCAUGCCUUAUGACAAUCGACACCAUCUCGAUGAUGUCUAUCAUGAUCGACGGCUGAGAAAGCGAUCAGCUACUGAAGUAUUGGCUCCUACAAAAUACCCACCUCAAAAGAGAAUGACACAUAACAGAAGAAGAUAACAACUUCCCUUAAAAAAAAAACAAAAAAAAAACUCCAUUUAUUUCUCUUUGUAUCAUUUAUUUAUCCCCCUAUUAUCUUUCUUUCUUUCUUUUUUUUUUGCUGUAUAAUUUACCCCCCCCCCUUUUUUUU